AUGAGUAUCACCCAGGCCUGCCUGUUCGAGCAGUUCCCGCGGCUUCGGCGCGACUUUGAGGUGCCGGCGGCGUGCGGCGUGAGCCGCGGGACUGUGCAGCACACGCACGCGUGGCUCGGCCCCGCCGGCACGGUGACGCCGCUGCACUUCGACUCGUACGACAACAUCUUCUCACAAGUUGUCGGCUACAAGCUCGUGCGCUAA